AACAAAACAAAUAUUCCUUCUUGUAUAUACACACAAUAUUAAAAAAUUAUAAAGUUUUUUACAUUCUUGAUUGUGUACGUGGGAAAUUGGGCAGCAAAUUUGCAAUUUUUUAUCCUGUAUCUAAUGCUUUGUGGAUGUUCUCACAAUUUGAUUCACCUUUUUGGAGUGGGGUUUCCUUAGAAAGGGUAAAUUCUACAUAAUCUUGAAUUUCUGUAUCUUUUUCUUGAUUUGGGUAUCUGGAUAUUCGAAUUAUUCUGUUUGGUGUUGUGGGUGUUUCUUGAAACUGCAUUUGAUGAUCUGGGGUACUUUUAUUUUGGUCAUAGUUGCUGGUGAUAUCAUUAUUUGGCUGCUUUGUUUAGAAAGAUUGAAUCUUUUUUACUCUGAUAAGGUUCUGCAGUGUGUGGAGGGAUUGUUCUUAUGAAUUAUAGCUAAAAAGGAGAUAUUGUUCUGCUUUAGACCUGUCACUAAAUUCUGUGUCCUGUGGCAACAUUUUGAUUUCGCGUAAAAUCUGAUAUGUUUAAGGUUGAGGUUGAGGUUCUUGUUGUGUUGAAAAUCCUAGCUGUUUAACUUGGGAGUGGUGUGUGUGUAUACUAUGAGUGAAUUGGUUGGUGAGUUUGGAUAAAUUUUGGAAUAAGAGGAAGUAAUUUACUGCAUAUUAGGGAUCUUAGUUUUAUGUCAGCAAGUCUGCAUUGUAUAAGAAAUGUUGUAAAUGUAGCUAGCUUUGGUGGUGGUGAGAUGUUAAAACUUUAAUCAUCCACCUCCAAGUUAUAGAAUUUGUAGUUCCAUUAUCUGUGACUUCUCUCCUGGCUCGUUACUCUCUUUCGACAAAUGUAAAUAUAGUCUGUCCUAGCCUCACUACCAAUCUUAUAGACUUAUAAUGGAUUCUUCACCAUCUCAUGAAGAAUCUGCUCCUCCAACUGAUGUGGCACCUCCAACGUUUAGUCCUCCGCCUACACCUUCUAGUCCAUCUGAUAGCUCACCACCACCUCCAUCUUCUAGUCCACCUCCUAGUUCACCACCACCUGCAUCUUCUAGUCCACCUCCUAGUUCACCUCCACGUGAAUCAACUAGUCCACCACCUAGAUCACCACCACCUCAAUCUUCUAGUCCACCACCAGCCUCACCUCCACCUGAACCAACUCCUCCUUCUCCUGUCAGUUCACCUCCACAAACUUCAUCACCUCCCCCUGCAUUGUCACCUCCGCCACACGUACAGAAUCCAGAACCUCCUCCAGCACCACAAUCACAUGGAAAUUCAUCCCCACCACAAUCUCCUGAACCUAAAAAAGGUUCAUCAUCAUCUUCACCACCUUCACCACCUUCAUCCAACUCACCUGGGGAUGGAGGUGGAGGUGGAAAUUCACCACCAUCCCCAACAUCUAAGUCAUCAGAUAAUUCGCCUCCUUCACCAGCCUCAGGCCCUCCUAAAGAUUCGCCACCUUCACCAGCUGCAUUAUCUCCAAGUAACUCACCAUCUUCUGAUUCACCCUCAAACUCAUCAACACCAACAUCUGUAAUACAAUGGUCACCACCACCUCCAUCCUCUAAUGGUGCACAAUCUUCUCUUAAUCCUCCUUCAUCACAAGUUCCUAGUAACCAUAGUUCCGGAAACCGUUCAACAGGAAGUCCAAAGCCUGCUGGUGGCAACAGCAAUGGUACUGCAGAGACAGUUUCCAUUGGCGUUGUAAUUGUUCUUUUUUUGGUUGGUAUCAUCGGAGCAGUUGCAUGGUGCAUACGGAAGCGAAAGAAGAAGAAUUCUGUCCAUUGUAGUGGUUAUGUCAAGCCAAUCUCUGUGUGCUCCUCUCCAAAAUCAGAGUCUGCUUUAUUGAAGGUCAAUGAAUCAACACCUGAGAGAAAUGGAACGAGCUCUAAUUUCCUCAAUUCUCCAGCAGACCCUGGCGGAUUCAACAAUGCAAAGACAUGGUUUACUUAUCAAGAACUUGUUGAGGCCACUAAUGAUUUUUCAGCGAAUAAUGAAUUAGGGAAGGGUGGAUUUGGUUCUGUAUACAAAGGCUAUCUAGCAGAUGGAAGAUAUGUCGCGGUAAAGCAGCUAAAUAUUGGUGGGAGCCAGGGCGAACGGGAAUUUAGAGCUGAAGUUGAAAUCAUUAGCCGGAUACACCAUCGUCAUUUGGUUUCACUUGUAGGUUAUUGCAUUUCAGAGAACAAAAGGCUCCUCGUUUAUGACUAUGUCUCCAAUAAUACCCUUUACUUCCAUCUUCAUGCACAAGGGAGGCCUGUCAUGAAUUGGCCAACACGUGUUAAAAUUGCUGUUGGCGCAGCUCGUGGAAUAGCUUAUCUGCAUGAAGAUUGUUAUCCUCGUAUUAUUCACAGGGACAUUAAGUCAUCAAACAUUCUUUUAGAUGAUAACUUUGAGGCCCAUGUUGCUGAUUUUGGACUAGCUAAAUUAGCUCAGGAUGCAGAAAGUCAUAUCACAACACGUGUCGUGGGAACAUUUGGAUACAUGGCUCCUGAAUAUGCAUCAACUGGCAAGCUGACUGAAAAAUCUGAUGUAUAUUCCUUUGGCGUGGUACUUCUGGAGCUAAUUACUGGAAGGAAGUCAGUGGAUACAUCUCAGCCUUCAGGGCAAGAGAAUCUAGUUGAGUGGGCACGACCUUUGCUUAGUCGAGCACUUCAAAAGGAGGAAUUUGAUCUGUUGGCAGAUCCGUGCCUUGAAAAAAACUACGUUGGCAUGGAGAUGUUCCGAAUGAUUGAGGCUGCUGCAUCUUGCGUGCGUCACUCAUCUGCAAAGAGACCAGCAAUGGGACAGAUCAUGAGAGCUUUCGAUGGUAUGGCUAUACAAGAUCUGUCAAACGGGAUGAAAGUUGGUGAAAGUGCAAUACAUAGCGCUGCACUACAAUCUGCAGAAAUAAGUUGGUUUAGGAAAAUGGCAUUCGGUAAGCAAGAUUUUAGUUCGGAUUUUUUCAGCGAAAGUAAUCAGAAUAAUAGAGAGUCAAAUGAACAUCCUUAGAGGAUUUUAUAGAACAAAAGGGCUUAUUGAAGCUAUGUAUGCAUCUGUUGAUACAUCAAAGGUACCUUAUUAGCUUAGAGAUGCCUUGGUUUAGCUUUCAUAUGUAUAAGUUCCCUUUUGGCUUUGAGUAAUUUUCACUAUAACUAGUCUACUUCCCUUUGAAUGAUAAAAAGUCAGAAAGAUUGAGAAA